GCUGGAGGGUCAAACCCAACCAGUCAUAAUCGGUGAAUCGGAAGUACGUUCCUUUUUUUCUGACAGUUAAAAAAAACAAUCGGAACUCUUGUUUUUUUUAAAUUCAGAAGAUACUCACAAUCAUGAAACUCGUUUUCGUUGCCGCUGUUUUAUUCAUCGCCACGGUAUUUGCCGCUGAUGAAAAACCAGAAGAUGAACGUCCCAGAAUUUAUAAACGAGUAAUUCCCGCUGAUGUCCUUCGUGAUUUCCCCGGUAUGUGUUUUGCUUCGACAAAAUGUGCAACAAUUGAACCAACAAAAUCAUGGGAUCUUUCUCCCUUCUGUGGACGUUCUACUUGCAUCAACGCUGAAGACAACUCUGGUCGUUUAUUCGAAUUGGUAGAAGAUUGUGGACCAUUGCCAAAACCAAAUCCCAAAUGCAAGAUCUCUGAGAAAACUAACAAGACCGCAAGUUUCCCCGAUUGUUGUCCAAUCUUCGAUUGUGAACCAGGUGCAAAACUUGAAUAUCCAGAAAUUCCAUCAAUCCCACCUCCAUCCGAAGGAGAAGACGGCAAACCAGUACCAGUACCAGCACCUAAGGCAUAAAAUACUAUAAAAAAAAAGAAAAAAUUACUUCCCCUUCUCUACACUGUGAUCAUUAAAAAAAAAUUCGAUCCAAUCCAAAGACAUUCCAGAAAAAUUGAUAAAUAUUUACAAAAUCAUUUCAUCAGCAAACAAAGAAAAAUAAUUAAACAAUAUUUUUGACUAAACAGAAAAAAUUGGAUUUCCAUAAAAUUGUCUCGAUUUUGCAUUUUUUAACAUCCACAAUCAGCAAAACCGGUAUAAACAAAAAAAAACAAAUAUAUGUGAUUGUAAUUAUAUGUGAUUAAAUUAAAAUAAUUAUUUAAGAAA